CAGAAUGCGUAGACAGGUUGUGCUUUGAACGAGUCCCUUUAGCUUUGGAGCCUCGCCAGGCCACUCGGGUUGGUUGGGCCCUUGCGUCGCGGGCAACCUGUGACUUUGCCUCAGCCUGUGAACGCCUUGCACUAGCGGGGCGAUCUUUUCGAUUACAACAACCACACGAGUUUGAGUUUGCAUACCUGGGACAAAGGCAGACUCACUGCCGUUUGCGUGAUCGGUCGUGUCGAAAGCGCGCGUUCCAAGGCCCCAACUAAGCAUGCCGCUCUGCGGACCUUGACGUUGAUCAGCAAGCAUGGACCAGACGACGUCGGGCAUUCUGGAUGGCUGGGGCGACGUGGACCUUGACGAUGACGAGGAUGACCCCUUCUCGCAGCCUGUCCGUCCUGUCACUGCUGCUGAUACAGCCGGCUCCGAUCCCUUCGCCAGCGACGGCGGUGACAGCCCCGAAUGGCCUAGCUCCCCCACAGCAAGCGGCCCGGCUGCCACAACGGCUUCCGCAGCUGCGCCGCCCGCCCCCAGCCGGCUGGCGCCGGUAGCUGCGGCCACGGCCGCAACAGCUGCGUUGCCACCCCCGCCUCAGCCCUCAACACUUGCGCCCCUACAGGCCAGCUCACCCCCGGCCGUGGCCGCGGUGCCGCCGAGGCCCCCUUCGCUGCCUGGGGCAGCAGCAGCAGCUGCGGCUGGUCCGCCGCGAACCUCGGCGUCUGGGGCGCCUCCGCUGGCGCCCAGGCCGGCGGCGCCGACGGUGACAGCACCGGCCGUGCCUCACCAGCCACCGAACUUGGCUGCUGCGUCGGUGCCGCCUGGCGCCAACGCUGCUGCCCCUUCAGCCGCUGCCGCUGCCCCUGCGCAAGCGCAGGCGCAUGCGGGCUCGGCUGCGCCUUCCAGCCAUGCGCCCACGGCGGUUCCGGUUGCCGCGCCAGCGCCAGUGCCUCAGGCGCCUGCAGCUCCGGUGCCUCCACCAGCGCCUCCACCAGCAGCCACUGCCGCUGCAACCCCACCGGCGCCGGGGCUGGCCAGCCCGCCGGCGCCCCAGUUGCCAAGUCCGCCGGCGCCGGUGGCUGUCCCUGCGGCGUCGGUCGCUGCUGCUGAGCAUGCGCCCGUGGCCGCCGCAACCGCUUCACAUUUCACGCCGCCAGCGCAUGCGCCCGUGACCGCCGCUACCGCUCCCCAUGGAGUGCCGGUGGCGGCGCACCCCGUGGCGCCAGCACAUGCGGCCGCACCGACGCCACCUGCCGCACCAGUGCCUGUGCCCGCGCCGCCAACGGCGUACGCGCCUGCGGCGCCGCCGGCGCCCCCUCCAACUGCGGCGCCGCCCGCCGCGGCGCCGCUUGCGGCGGUGGCGCCUGCUGCGGCCGCCACGAAGGACGAGUCGGCUUCCUUCUUUGACGACAUGGGCGACGACCAGGACGGCGCCGGCGACUGGGGUGCGGGCGACUGGAGCCUGCCGCCCGCGGCGCCGGCCGCUGCCGUGCCGGCAGCUGCGGCGCCAGCGCCUCCGGCUGCCUCGCAGCCGCCUCUUGUUGCGGUCUCGAACGGCGGCCCGGCGGCGCAUGCACCGCCGCCGCUGCCGCUCGUGGCAUCUGCUGCGCACCCGCCGCCGGCCGCGAAGCUACCGAGCCCGCAGCAGCCCGCGGCUGCGGCGCAGCCCCCGGUCGCGCCAGCGGCGGCGCCUGCACCCGCACCCGUUACAGCGCCCGUCGCCGUGCCACCGCCGGCCGCGCAGGCCGUACCUGCCGCCGCAACCCCUGCCGCCGCCGCAGCCGCGGCUGGCGACGGCGGCGAUGAGGCGUUGAUGGCGCUCAAGCCGCGCCGCGUGUCCGUGGGCUUCCAGCUGCCUGGUGACGAGGGUGAGGACCACCAGUCGCACACAGCCUUCCCGCCCACGCCCUUCGGGCCGCCGCGAACGGCUGACGAGGCGGCGCGCGCGCGCAUCAGUCCUGAGGAGCUGGCGGCAGCUAUGGCGCCCACGCCGGCAGACUCGGCCACGUCCACGCCGCGCGCACCGCCGCCCGCGGCUGCGCCGCCCGCGGCGGCACCGCCUCUGCACGCGGCGGCGAACGGAGCUGGAGGGGCGGCGGCGACGGCAGCUCCGCCGCCGCCCGGCCUGACAACGACGGCAUCCAUGCGGCGGCACCGGCUGAGCGUGUCGUCUAGCAUGCGGGAGCAUGGUGCCGGCGCCGCGCCCGGUGAGGGGUUGUCGGAGAGCGGGCAGGCGCCCGACCUCCUGCCGCCGCCGACAGCGCCGACGGCGCCGCCACCGCCGCCGACGGCGGAGCCGGCACCUCGUGCGUUGGCUGAUGGCGGCUGGUCGCAGCUGGCUCCGGGCGGCGCAGGCGCAGAGCAGGCGGCGACGGUGGCGGCGAUGGUGGCUGCGACGGAGGCGCCAUUGGAAGCUGUGGCUGCUGGCGGACCUGAUGGCAGUAGUGCGCCCGGCGUAGCGCCCAGGUCGCACCCGGGCGUGUCGCGCGUUGCGGCGGAGACCGGCAGGGCAGGCAGCGGCAGCGGCUCGCUCGCCAGCGGCGCCGCCUCCGUCACCGGUUCCGAGCUGGCGGCCUUUGACGACGCCAUAGAGCAGCUCAUGGCCGCGCCCGACACCGUAUCCACUGCCGCGACAGCCUUGGCAGGCCCCACCGCAGCCGUGGCCACGCCGGCGGCGGCGACGGCGCCGUCGCCGCUGCCGCCUGUAGCGGCUCUCGACGGCACCGCCGCUGGCGCUGGCGCUGUGCUUGCGGCCGUUGAUGCUGGCGGCGAGCAGCAGGCGGCAGCAGCGGCGCCGUCCCCCGGCGCCGGCGCCCUCAGCGGCUUUUAUGUGGCGGCGCAAAACCCGUUCGGCCCGACUGACAGCGGCGUCGUGGACACCGGAGACGACGAUGACGUCUUCGCCGCCAUCGCGGCCGGCGGCGGCGGCGGCGGCGGCGGCGGCGCAGCCGCUGCGCCUGCGGCGCCUGCGGCGUCGGGCCGCCCGCCUGUGCCUGGCGGCGCGCCGGCACCGACUAGCUACGUAGUGGCGGAGAGCAGCCGCAAGGGGCUAUCGCACCUCUUUGGAGCGGCGUCAGGCAGCGUCAGCAGCCAGCUGUCCCAAGCGGGCGACAGCGCCGCCGCCGCCGCCGGCGGCGACGGCGGCGUCGCGUUCCGCCAGGCGUCGCGGCCGCUGUUCGCUGACUCCUCGGCGCCGUCAGCGGCGUCCCAGAACGACCUGCCGGCUGUGUCGGUGCUGCUAUCGGGCCCGGGUCCGGACCAGGACCAGGGAGCGGGUCAGACGCUGGCGGCGCCGCCGCCAGCGGCGGAGGAGCCGCCGCAGCCACCGCCGCCGCCGCCUCCGGCGGCAAUGGCGGCGCCCGCCACGACGUUUCAGCAGGCGGCCACUGGUGUGGCGGCUUUGUUCGGUGGUGGCGCGGAGGACGACGACGCAGACGACCCCUUCGCCGCUGUUGGCGGCUCCGACGCCGGCGGCGGCAUGUUUGGUGGCGCCGCCGCGGCGCCGCCGCCUGCUGCCGCGGUCCCUGCGGCUGCUGCGUACGGCUCGGCUGGCCAACAGCCCCAGCAGCCGCCCCAGCAGCCGCAGGCGCAGCAGGGGUGGGCGCAAGCGCCUGCCGCCACCACGGUCGUCCCCGCCGCUGCCGGCGGCCCGUUCGGCGGCCCUGACGCCGGCGAGUCAUUCUUCGAGUCGUUGGGCGGGGCAGGCACCGACGCCGCGGCUGCCCCAUCGCCUCAGGCGGCGCCGGCGCCGCAGCAGUAUGCGCAGCAACCGUGCGCAGCGCUGCCGCCAGCUGCAGCCGCGUACCCGGCAGUAGCACCAGUGGCACCAGUGGCUGUGGCUGCGGCAGCGCCCGCGGUUGGUUUCACGGCCCUGGGCACAGCCGCUGACGGUGGAGCCUCCGCGUUCUUUGAUUCCAUCCCCUCGCCGGAGCCCAGCCCGCAGGCCCCGCACGCGCAGACCGUGCCGCCGCCGAUGGCAGCACCGGAGCCAGUCCCACCUCCUCCUGUGCAGCAGCACCCGCACCCGCCGCCGGUGCAGCCGCCGCCCCAAGCGGCCGCGCCGGCUGCGCCGUCGCCCGCCGCCGCCGUGCCGUCCGCAGCAGGCGCCUUCGGCGCUCCCAUCUACGGCGCCGGUCCUUUCGGAGGCCCCGCGAUGGCGGCGGCGGACGACGCUGCAAGCUUCUUCGACGCGCCGCCCAGCCCGCCGGCGCCGGCGCCGGAGCCGGCGGCGCCAGCAGCCGCGGCAGCGCCGCCGCCGGCCGCGCACCCGCCGGCGGCGGUGCAGCCGCCGCCGCAGCUGGCAGCGCCUGCUCCCGUGGUCCCCGGUCCCACGGCGGCUCCCCACCCCGAGCAGCCGCAGCAGCACCCACAGCAACAGCCGGGCUAUCCUCAGCCGUCCACGUCGCAGGGCGGCUGGCCGGACCAAGCACCCGCCGCCGCCGGCGUCAGUGCAGGCGGCUUUGCAGCCGCGCCUUUUGCGGCGGCAGUGGUGCCGCCAGCAGUGCCGGGCGUUGACGACGGCAGAAGCUUUUUCGCUGAGUCACCGGGUGCGGCGUCGCCGGCAGCCGCGCCGCCUGGCGCCGUGCACUUGCCGCCGCAGCAGCAGCUGCAGUCGCAGCAGCCGCAACUGCAGGCGGGCUUCCCGGCCGUGGCCGCAAGCACUCCCGCGCCCUUCGCCGCGGCCCCGGCGGCUGCAGCCGGCGGCCUGUUUGGCGGCGCUGCCGACGCGGCCACCGGCGAUUCCUUCUUUGACAACCUCGGCGCCGCCUCGCCGGAUGGUGGUGCGGCGGCCGCGGCGGCCGCCACAGCGGCGCCUGCGCAAGUGCACCCGCCGCACGCGGCCACUGGUGCGCCGCACCAGCAGCACCUCCACCAGCAGCAGCACCCGCACCACGCGCACCCCCACCAGCAGCCACACCCGCCGGUUGAGCCCCAGCCGCAGUCGCAGCCGCAGCCGCAGCCUCCGCUGGGGCAGGGCCCCGGCCACCAGGACGGCCACCCGCCGGGUCCGGCGCUGCAACCGGUGGCGACCGCGUUCGCACACGGCGGCAUCCAGGGCGUGGUGCAGCACCACAUCGCAGCCAGCCCGGGGCUGCCCACGCCGCCCUACAACGCCGCGGCGCCAGUGCCGGCAGCGCCGCCGGCGACGCCGCCGCCGCCGGCCGUGGAGGAGGAAGAGCCUGAGGAGCCGGAGGAACCGGAGGAGCCGGAGGAGGUGGUGGAGGAGGAGCCGCCGGUGCAGGUGAUGAGCGAGGAGCAGGUGACGGCGGCGGCCGCGGCGGCGGCGGCGCCGGCCUGGGAGGCGGCGGGCGGCUACAGCCUUCCAAACGCCACGGAGACGUACCAGCAGUACUACACGUACUACUAUCAGUACUACCAGCAACAGCAGCAGCAACAGCAGCAGCAGGAGCGGGAGCGGGCGGAGCGCAUGCAGGCUAAGCACGCGGCGGCGGCGGAGCGGAAGCGCGCGCGGGAGGAGGGCCGGCGGCAGCGGCAGGCGGCGCGGGAAGAGGCGCGGCGGCAGCGCCAGGCGGCGAGGGAGGAGGCGCGGCGGAAGGCCGCCGAGGCAGAGGCGCUGAGGAAGCGGCAGGAAGAGGAGGCCGCUGCGGCGGCAACGGCUGCUGCUGCUGCUACUGCGGCUGCUGCGGCGCCGGCUGUAGCAGCUGCUGCCCCGGCUGUUGCGGCAGCCAGUCAGCACGGGCAGCAGCAGCAGCAGUACCCGCCGCCGGCGGCGCAGCAACAGUAUGGUCAGCAGUACGGUCAGCAGUACGGGGACUACGGCGCUGCCAGCAACAAUCACUAUGGUGGGCAGUACGGGCAGCCGCAGCAGUCGCAACCGCAACCGCAACCGCAGCAGCCGCAGCAACAGGCCACUGCACCGCCCACAGACCCCUAUGCGGCUUGGCACGCAAGCCAGCACCAACAGCAGCAGCCGCAGCCGCAGGCGGCGACGCAGCAGCAGCCGCAGCCGCAGGGGGUGACGCAGCAGCAGCAGCAGCAGCAGCAGCCGCCCAGCCAAGGUCAGCAGUGGCCUGGGCAGGGUGCGCAGCAGCCGCAGACCGAGUACGGGCAGGCUGCUACUGCUGCUCAGCAGCAGCAGCAGCCAUCGCAACAGCAGCAGGGCUGGCACGGCCAACCGCAGCCGCAGCCACAAACGCUGCCGCAGGCGCAGCAGGCGUACCCUGGCUACAACCAGCAGCAGCAGCCGCAGCAGGAUGCGUACGCGCAGGCGUCGCAACAGCAGCAACAAGAACCACAGCAGCCUCAACAACACGCCUACGGUGCUUACGGGGAGCAGCAGUGGAACCAGCAGCAGCAGCCCCAACAGCCGCAGCAGCCCCAGCAGGGCCAGCAGCCGCAGCCGCAAACAGGGUACGGCGGCUAUGGGCAGCAGCAACAGCCGCAGCCGCAGCAGCCGCAACAGGCCCCACAGCAAGGCUACGGCUACGGGUAUGGAUACGACGCGUACGGCGGCCAGCAGCAGCAGCAGCCGCACGCGUACGGCGCCCAGUCGCAGUACGGCCAGCAGUCGUACAGCCAAAGCGGCGCGUACGGCCAACAAAACCAGCAGUACGGGCAGCAGUACGGGCAGUACGACGCUGCUGCCGGGUACGGCCAACAGCCGUACGCCGCGUACGGCCAGCAACAGCAGCAGCAGCAGACCCAGCACAACGUCAACUGGCUGCCCACCACGCCCGAGCUGGCGCGCAGCUGCCCGCACGGCCGGCCCGCACACACGGUGUUCACGUUCGGGUUCGGCGGCCGCGCCGUGAUCAUGCGCCCACCCGCCGCCGGCUCCGACACCAGCAUUUCGGCGGUGUUUGGCGCGCCCGGGCCGCUGCAGCUGCUGCCUGUGGCGUCGCUCACCGCCGCGCACCUGGCCGGCGGCCCUGGCGCCGGCGGCCCGGCGGCGCCCACCUCCGCCUCGGGCGACAAGAAGAAGCCGCCCCGCGGUGGAACACAGCCCGCCGGCCACCCGCUGUUUGAGCCGGUGCUGAAGCAGCUGGCCGCCUUCCCCGGGCCCCUGGGAGCCGCCACACCCAAAGACAAACUGCUGAAGUGGCUCGCCGACCAGGCAGCCGCGGCAGCGGCGGCGGCGGCUGGCGAGCUGCAGGCGAGGCAGGAGCAGCAGCAGGCUGGCGGUGUGGGCGGCGAGCCGCCGCCGGGGGCGGCGGCGCAGCGGCUGCUGCUGUGGGAGGCGCUGCGGCUGCUGGUGAAGCAUGCGGAUGCGGCGGCGGCGGCUGGCAAGGCCGGCGGCAAGCAGGCGGCCAAGGGUGGCAAGGAGGAGCCGAGCAUGGAGUCCGAGCUGGCGCGGCUGCUGCUGCACCCCAGCAGCCUGAGCACAGGCGGCGCCGCCGCCGGCAGCAACGGCGCCGCCAAGGGCGCCGCCAGCCGCGCCAGCGGCGACGGCGCCGCCGGCGCCGCCGAGGCUGACGUCAGCGCCCUGGUCAGCGGCGCCUUCGCCGUCGGCGGGCCGCCGGUGCUUGCGGCGCCGCCGCCGGAGGCGGCGCAGCAGGCGGCGGCGCAGCGCAUGCAGAGGCUGCUGGUGCUGGGCCGCAAGGCGGAGGCGCUGCGGGUGGCGAGCGACGCGGGGCUGUGGGGCCCGGCGCUGCUGCUCGCCACCGCCGUCGGCGGCGGCGACGGGCGCGCGUUCCAGGAGGCUGCUACAGCCAUGGCCCGGGCGCUGCUACUGCCGGGCACGCCCGCGCGCACGCUGGCGCUGGUGCUGGCCGGCAGGCCAGACCUGGUACACGCCGCUGACGGCGUCGCCGCCGCCGCCGCCGGCGGGCCUGACGGCGCCGCCGCGCCGCCUUCGGCGUCCGCCGCCAUGCCGUUCGGCGUGCCGGCGCCGCCAGGCGCCGGCGCGCACGCGCCGCCGGCGGGCUUCUUCAACCCAACGAUGCCGUCGGCGGCGGCGCAGCCGGCGCCUGCCGGCGGCGCCGCCGCCUCCGCCGGCGGCUCCUGCACGCUGCUGGGCAGCUGGCAUGAGCACCUGGCUGUGCUGCUGGGCACGAGGGGCCCCGCGGAUGCCAGUGAGGCGGUGCUGCGGCUGGGCGACCGCCUGCGUGGCGACCCAGUGCAGGUCCUGGCGGCGCACCUGUGCUACUGCCUCUCCAGCUGUCCGCCCGCGCUGCCCGACGCCCCCGGCUGCCGCUACAGCCUGUUGGGCGAGGCCGCUGCUACUGCCGCCACUGCUGCUACUGCCGCCACAGGCCACUGGACGCCACUGGGCGAUGGGGGCGCGGCACUGCAGCGGACCGAGGUGCUGGAGUGGGUGCUGGUGCAGCGGGCCGUUGUCGUUGCCACGGCGGGCGCGUCCGGCGCCGCCGCUGCGGCGGCGGCGGCCGCCGCCGCCGACACCGUACACCUGCAGACGUACUCGCUGCUGCCGUACAAGCUGGCGUUGGCGGCCGAGCUGGUCGAGUACGGCAGGAUCCAGGAAGCCCUGUCGUACUGCGCCGCAGUGGAGGCGGGGCUGCGCGCCGGCGGCGUCAUUGUGGCGGCGCCGCCGGUGGCGGCGGCAGGCCAGCCUGGCGGCCAGCCGCCGGCUGCGCCGCCGCAGCAGCAGGCGGCGGCGGCGGUGCGGCUGCCUGGCGGUGCGUGGCUGGCGGCGACGGAGGCGGCACUGCGGCGGCUGCAGGACCGACUGGUCAACUACGCGCAGGCAAACGCAAUCGCGCUUUCCAAGGGCAGUGGAGAGUCCGCCAUCACCAAAGUGGGCCGCUUCCUCGACGGCACCAUCAACAAGCUGCUCUGGGGAGGAGACACAGGCAGCACAGCCGCCAGCGAAGCCGCGGCGGCGGCGGCGGCCGCCGCCGCCGCCGCCCAGGCCGGCGCCGCCGCCGGGCCACAGAUCGUGAUGGGUGGCGCGUCGGUGCCGCCGGCUGCCUUGGGGCCCAUCGCGCCGUGGGCGGUGGACGUGGGCGGGCUGGCGGCGGCCGCCGCCGCGGCGGCAGCGCCGGCGGCGCCGGUCGGCGCGCCGUCGUUCCCGCCGCCGUCGGCGCCGCCGCCAGCUGCCGGCGGGUACGGCUACGGCUUCGGCGGCGCGGCCCAGACCGCGCCCAUAAGUGGCGGCGCUUUUGGUGCUGUCGGCGGUGGCGGCGGCGGCGGCGGCAUGACGCAGUCGGUGUCAACGCUGGCGCUGUCGGCCGCAGCCGACGGCGGCGCCGGCAACAGCAGCAGCACCUGGUAUGCCGGGCCGGCGGCGCCGCCGGGCGGCGCGUCGCGGUCCGUACCUGGCGGCUCCACACUGCCGCCGUACGGCCAGCCGCAGGCGCCGUACGGGCAAGCGCCCUCCGCCGCUGCCGGGGCGACCGCCCCGUCGGACCCUUCUGCGGCGGCGGCGUACGGCUGGGGCGGGGCUCCAGCCGGCGGCGGCGGCGGCGGCUACGGCCAACCAUCCCAGUUCCAGGCGCCCACCAGCUUUGAUUCGCAGGCGCUGCCCUCGCAACAACAGCAGGACCAGCAGCAGCAGCAGCAGCCGGGGCACAGGCGUAUCGCGAGCGCGAUGGAGCUGCCGGCCGCAGGCGCGGGCGCGCCGCAUGGCCCAUCGCCGCCGUCGCAGACGCAGAGCACCAGCGGCGCCGCGCCGGCGGCAGAUGCCAAGUCCGCAGACGACAAGGCCGCAGCUGCAGGAGGCAAGGGCGGCAGCAGCAAGGGCGCCGGCGGCAGGGGCGGUGGCAAGACAGAGAAGCCGCCGCCGUCGCCCGACCCCAAGAGCACCAAGAGCGGGCGGUGGCUGGUGAACCCGCUGCGGCUGCUGGCGGGCGGCGGCCGCUCACAGUCCAACUCCCGCGGCGCCGCCGCCGGCGCCGCCGCCGACGGCCCCAAGCAGGGCUCCUACGGCGAGGAGAACCAGUUCUACUACGACGAAACCCGCAAGCGCUGGGUCAUGAAGGGCCAGGAGGACGCCGGCGGCGGCGCAGACGACAUGCCCGCUGCGCCGCCCAAAAGCCUCGGCGGCGGCGCCUGGGCCGGCGGCGGCGCCGCCGGCGCCGCCGGCCCUUCGUCGUCCGCUUACGCGACGCCGCCGCCUGGCGGCGCCGCCACCGCAGGCAGCACGCCGGGCACGGGCGGGGCCCCGGGGGCUCCGCCCAGUGCUGCGGGUAGCACUGUCACGCCGGGUGGCACGCCGCCGCCGGCGCCUGGAAACUUCUUCCAGAGGGGCAAGGGCAUCAACUCCCGCUACGUCAACACAUUCAACCCCGGCGGCGGAUCCGGAUCCGGCGGCGCAAACGGCGGAGCCGGCGGCGGCAUGGGCGGCGCGCCGCCGGGCGCCCCCGGCACUGCGGCGCUGCCGGCUACGGGCUUCUUCGUGCCUCCACCGCCGGCGCCCAUGCGGCCUGGAGAGGCUGACUCGUACGCGGAGGCCGACCCCGCCCGCGCCUGGGCGGACCAGCAGCAGCAGCAGGGGCUGCAGCAGCAGGGGCUGCAACAAGGGGACCCGCAGCAGCCGCAGCAGCACGCUCAGGCUCAGGCCAAUCCCCAACAGCCCUACGCGCCGCCGGGGCAGCAGCAGCCGCAGCAGCAGCAGCAGCUGCAACAGUACGCCUCGUAUGGCGCACCUGCCACUGAUGCAUGGGGCCAGCAGCAGCAGCAGUACCAGCAGCAGCAGCCCCAGCAACAGCAGCAGCAGGCACCGGCUUCCGGGGCGAUGCCACCGUCUUCGGGCGGUGGAGCCAUGCCGCCGCCACCGCACCAGCAGCAGCCGCCGCAGCCCCAGCAGCAGCCCCAGCAGCCCCAGCAGCCAGCCUAUGGAGCUGGGCCGUCCCAGCCGCCGCCGCCACCGCAACAGCCGAGCCCGCCACAGGGCCCGCCGCCUGGCCAGCAGCAGCAAUGGGGCCAGGCAACGCACCCGCAACCGCAACCACAACAGCAUCCGCAACCGCAGCAGCAACCGCAACCGCAGCAGCAACCACAACAGCAGUGGGCGCAGCAGGCCCCGCCUCAGCCCCAGCCCCAGCAACCGCAAUGGGGAGCAGCACCGGCGCCGCCACCGGAGCAGCAGCAGCCGCAGUGGCAGCAGCCACCGCAGCAGCAGCAGCCGCAAUGGCAACAGCCACCGCAGCAGUGGCAGCAGGCGCAGGCCGGGCCCUUCUCCCCGUCCACCUCCACCUCUGGGGCUGCGCCGCCCGGGUCAUCGCCGCAACAAAGUCUGCAGCAGGAGCAACCGCCGCAACCGCAACCGCCGUACGGCCAGCCGCCUGCUGCGCCGCAGCAACAGCCACAGCAGUGGCAGGGCGGCUACGGCCAAGGCGCCGAGCAGGCUGCACCGCCUCCGCAGCAGCCGCAGCAGCCACAGCAGCAGUGGCAGCAGCCGCCGCAGCAGCAGCCGCAGCAGCCGCAGUGGGGUCAGCACCCACAGGGCCCUCCCUCCACCAGCUCACAGGCGUCACCGCCGCCGCCGCCGCCCCACCAACACCACCAACAGCAGCACCACCACCAGCACCAGCAGCACCAACCGCCUGCACCUGCUACUGCCGGCCACACUGGUGCGGUCGGCGGCCCGGCACAGGGCUACCCACAGCCCGGCCAGCCGCAACAACAACACCAGCAGCCGCAGCCGCUGCAGCAGGGGCCGCCUAGCUCCUCGCAGCAGCAGCAGCAGCAGCCGCAUUCCUACGGCCAGGGGCCGCCGGCACCGUACGGCGCACCGCCCGCCGCACCCGUCCACGGCCAGCAGCAGCAGCAGCACCCGGUGCAGCAGCAGCACCCGCAGCAGCACUACGCGCCGCCUCCGCAGCAGCAGCCCCAGGCACCGCAACCGCCGGCACCGCAGCCCCAGUACGGGCAACCCCCGCCGCACCCGCAGUACCAGCAGCAGCAGCCACCUCAGCAGCCACAACAGCAGUACCAGCAGCCUCCCCCUCCACCGUCCCCGCCGCCUGCCGCCGCUGCCGCGCCGGCGACCCAGAUGGUGUCGUCCGCCUCCGCCGCCACAGCAGUGGUUGACGACCUGCUCGGCGGCGCUAGCAGCACCGGCGCCGCGCCGUACGGUUACGGCAGCGGCGCGCCGCCGCCAAUGGCAGCGCCGCCGCCGUCGAACGGUUAUGGCGCCCCCGUGGCAGUGCCGUACGGCAGUAGCAGCGGCAUGCCGCCCAUGGGGUACGGCAGCAGCAGCGGCUACGGCGCGCCGGGUUACGGUGGCGGCGCCGCCGCCGCGUACGGCAGUGGCGGCUGGGGCAGCGGCGCGGUCGGGUACGGCAGCGGCACGUACGCGGGCGGCGGCGGCGGGCCGCCGGUGCCGGCUGGCGGGCAUGGCGAGGGCGAGGACAUGCGGGAGGUGGAGCUGUAGCAGAGCAGGCUGUGGGACGGGCUUCAGAAAAGCAGGCUGUAGCAAGGCAGGCUGUAGCAGGCGGUUGGGCGGGAUGAAUUGACGGAUAGGGAAGUGUCGCUCUGGCAUGUGUACGCACGUGUGGAGGCGUGUUGUGGAGUUGUGGUUCAGGCGGCGUCGGGCUAUGCGACGAGAGCGUGUGCGGCGGGCGGCACCCACACCUGGUCCCUGGUCCGGUGGGCGCGGAGAUGGGCAGAUGCACAGAGAUGAUUUAGUUCGGUAAACGAGCAGGCAGGCAGCCGGCGCGCUUAGCUAGCAUCAUGGCAAGAGGUGGGUCGUCCAGGAGGGUGUGGGACAUGAGGUCCUCAAAAGAGGCAAGGGCAGGUUACAAAGCGGAGUCAAGGUUUGGCGCGAAGCUCCCCAAACGGGCGCAGAGUCAGAGCCUGAGACAAAUAGAGAUAGAGUUUGCCUGACAUUGUGCGGUGUGUACGGUAUGGUGCGGCGCUGUGGUGUGGUGCGGCCACUUCCUUUACGACACUGCAACGCGUGCCGUGUUGUGUAGUUGCGUAGACGCUAGUCGGUAGGUUGUAAGAUCGCGCAGGAGGGCACGGAGCUUUUGUGGCGGCGUUGCUGCGUGUGAUCACUUUUGAUGGGAAUACGGGAGCCGGACCGGCAUGCAGGCAGCGCAAGUGACCGAUGGUGUGUGUGUAUGCGUGUGUGCCGAUUUCACGAUGUGACUGCGACGGUGCGAGCAGGACGCGGUGCGUGCCCAGCGCAUAAGGGGUCCCGCUGGUAAUAAAACAUUUCGGGCUGCCCCACCCCAUGUCCUGCGCCCUCCCUUCGCGCCAUGAAUCGUC